CUACUUUAAAGUCCUCAGUCGCCGAGCACUGGCAAGAGAGUGAGCAUAUCGGCUCUGUUUCUACAGUACAAACGCAAUGGCCGAGAAUAUCAUUCCAGUUCCACCCGUCGCUCAACCAUCCGGACACCCUCCUUCUCAUCCUCCCCCGAAAUUGUACAUCCUGGACUACGGUGCUGGCAAUGUGAGAAGUCUGGCGAAUUCCAUCAAAAAGUUAGGAUAUGAGUUUGAAUGGAUCCGCGAUAUCUCUGAUUUUGACAAAGCCGAGAAACUCAUCUUUCCCGGUGUGGGUGCAUUCGGUCAAGCUACAACUUCGCUCCGAACUUCAGGCUACGACGAACCUCUUGGACGAUACAUUUCAUCAGGUCGACCUUACUUUGGGAUCUGUAUUGGAAUGCAAAUGUUAUUCACGACUUCUACCGAAUCUCCCGGUGCUGAGGCAUUGGGUGUGAUACCUUUUCCGAUCUCUAGGUUUACUUCGGAUCUUCUCACCUCUAUCGAUGAAGCCGCGACCUCUCGAAGGACCGCUCAUUCGUCGAGUUUAUCAAAUGGGACAAGCUUGCUGAAUGAUAAAUCUGACGCAGACCCAAGUGGAGAAGAAAAGGGUAUGGGUGGAGUUGAAUGGAAAGGGGAGGAGAAGGGAAAAAGAAAAGCAGUUCCUCAUAUGGGUUGGAACAAAGCUUGGAAAGCAUGGCAAGAUGAAGAUUCUACGUCGAACACGAAGGAAGAAACGCUAAUGCUUGACGAAGACUAUUAUUUCGUUCAUUCCUACGGUGCCAUGUUGAAAACUCCUGAGGACGAAGAAAUUAUGAAACCUUACGCAUACACUUUAUCGAGGUAUGGAGAUGAAGUUUUUGUUUCUUCCGUCAAGGUUGGGAAUGUAUUCGGAACACAAUUUCAUCCUGAAAAAUCUGGUCCGGCGGGAUUAGAUUUACUUCGACGAUGGUUAUCGAUUCCUUCCUCUACUCUAACAUCUCCUCCACUCAUUUCCUUCCUUCCUUCUUCAAGCAGCCUCAAUUCACACAUCACAACUAAUUACAAUUCCAAUUCUCAGCAAACGAACUAUCAGACCAUUUCGACUCACAAUGAAAAUACCUCGACCAAUCCCGACAUGUUGAAACUUCUUCCAAAAGGGAAAUGGCAAAACACUGAUCCUCACCCUCGACCCGGUACAGGUUUAACAAGUCGUAUAGUCGCUUGUCUCGAUGUUCGUUCCAACGAUUCAGGAGAUUUAGUAGUUACAAAAGGAGAUCAAUACGAUGUUCGAGAUUCAUCUUCAAAACACGUUAGGAAUUUAGGUUUACCAGUUUCACUCUCUCAAAGAUAUUAUCAAUCAGGAGCGGAUGAAAUUUGUUUUCUCAACAUCACUUCAUUUCGUUCUUCAGCAUUAAGAGAUCAACCAAUGUUAGAUGUAGUACGUUCUGCUGCCGAAACAGUUUUCGUACCUUUGACUGUUGGUGGUGGAAUAAGAGAUACAAUAGAUCCGGAUGGUACGAAAAGAAGUGCAUUAGAAGUCGCUGGUAUUUAUUUCAGAAGUGGUGCUGAUAAAGUAUCAAUCGGUAGUGAUGCUGUUUCUUCCGUAAAAGAAUUACUUCAACGUGAAAAACAAGGAAUCGAUGGAUUGACGGGAAAAACAAGUAUAGAAACUAUCGCUAAAGCAUAUGGAUCACAAGCUGUCGUAGUUUCUGUAGAUCCUAGGAGAGUAUAUGUGGAUACGAAUGAUUCCAAUUGGAUGGACAAUUUUCCAAAAGAACAUUUGGAUUGUUUAGUUUUUGGUGAUAAAGCUAAAAGUAAUACGAAAAAUGAAGAAAAAGAAAAAGUUUGGUGGUAUGCUUGUACUAUUGCAGGAGGUAGAGAAACUACGGAUUUAGAUGUGAUACAACUUGUUAAAGGAGUUGAAAAAUUAGGUGCGGGAGAAAUAUUAUUAAAUUCUGUUGAUAGGGAUGGUUCGGGCAAAGGUUUCGAUUUGGAUUUAAUCAAUUUGGUUAAGAAGAAUGUUGGGAUUCCAGUGGUCAGUAGUAGUGGAGCUGGAUCGAGUGAAGAUUUCGUACAGGUUUUCAAAGAAACUGGUACGGAAGCGGCUUUAGCUGCUGGGAUAUUUCAUAGAGAAGAGGUUGGGAUAGAUGAGGUUAAGGAGGCUUUGGAGAAGCAAGGUGUAGCUGUGAGAAGGAUCGAGAUGGGUCAAUAG